AACCGGAGGCUUCUAAACAACCCGCCCGCCCUGCGCAUCCUCUGCGGUCCAACCAUCCUCGGCGAUCCCGCUAUUUAGCGAGGCUUCGCCUGGCCUCUUCCGCAUCUCGAGGCUGCUGACUCCCGCCCGCAGCCAUGGCAGAGUUGGGCCUAAAUGAGCACCAUCAAAAUGAAGUUAUCAAUUAUAUGCGUUUUGCUCGUUCCAAAAGAGGCUUGAGACUCAAAACUGUAGAUUCCUGCUUCCAAGACCUCAAGGAGAGCAGGCUGGUGGAGGAGACCUUCACCGCAGACGAAGUCUCUGAGGUCCUGAGAGGCUUACAGGCGCUGGUCCACAGCGAGGUGGAGUCUGAGCUCAUCAACACCGCCCAUACCAACGUGUUACUUCUGCGGCAGCUUUUCUCCCAGGCGGAGAAGUGGUACCUCAAGCUGCAAACAGACAUCUCGGAACUUGAAAACAGAGAAUUAUUAGAACAAGUUGCAGAAUUUGAAAAAGCAGAAUUUACAUCUUCAAAUAAAAAGCCCAGCAUGGACCUGAAACCCAAACUGGCUCCACUUAACGAAGGUGGAACGGCCGAGCUCCUAAACAAGGAAAUUUUAAGACUUCAAGAAGAAAAUGAGAAAUUGAAGUCAAGGCUGAAGACCAUUGAAAUACAGGCUACAAAUGUGCUGGAUGAGAAGUCAAAACUAGAAAGAGCACUGCAAGACUUACAGCUCGAUCAAGAAAAUCAAAAGGAUUUGCUAAUAAAGGCCAAAGUUUUGAGGGACUUGGAAAACACCAUUGCCAUUUUAAAGAGUGAGCUUCAGAAGACACUCAAUGACAAGACAGAAAACCAGAAGUCCCUGGAGGAGAGUCUAGCGACAGCCAAGCACGACCUGCUCAGGGUUCAGGAGCAGCUGAGCAUGGCUGAAAAGGAAUUAGAGAAGAAAUUCCAACAAACAGCAGCUUAUCGAAACAUGAAAGAGAUUCUUACCAAGAAGAAUGACCAAAUCAAAGACCUGAGGAAAAGACUGGCAAAAUACGAACCCGAAGAUUAAAAACUGAAGAUUUCGUCUGGAAGCUGCCACAGCGUGCAAGUACAAGCAGUUCCUCAUGCCAGACGUGUAUUUGGAAGCAGCUUGUUAUUUUCCCCUCUUUAUUUUUCCAAUAUGUAGACUGUUCUUCUAAUAUUUAGAAAUAGAGUUACUAUUUUCAGUUGCUUAAUUGAGAAGAGAGAAAACCUGCUGAUUCUGGUCGGUCUUUGCCGAAUGCUCCAGUCUUAGUUCAGAUGCACUGAGAAUUCUUGACAGUAAAGAAGAGAUUUUUCAGAGUGGGAAGAAGAGUCUUAUCUUUGCAGUAGUAUAAAGACUAUACCUUUUAAGGAAAUGUUAAAGCCAGUAAUAUCUAGACUUGUGCAUUCCCCAGGGUAAAUACAAAUACAGUUAUUGAAGGUAGUUACUGCCAAUAAACCUUAUUUUUAAAAAUUAAACGUAAUUCUUUUUCUCUAUUUGAUCAUCAAAAAAUAUAUAUGAACUCAUUAAAAAUGUGAAUACCACCUUUUAUAGGCAGCAUUUCUUCCAAUUAUAAGGAAAAUUAAUAGUGAAUAUGAGAAUUCGAUGAGCUACUUUGGUCUAUCUAAAUAUUGUGCUCAUCAGCAGAGAUUCAGGCAUUUUUUUAUAGCACCACCUAUCAUGAGAACACGGAUGGAGAAGUCAGGUACAUCCUGUACCUGCGUAGUUGAGAAAGUAUCUAGACUCAAUGUACAGUAGGCCCUCCUUAUCCAUGGUUUCACUUUUUGUGUUUUCAGUUACCUGCCGUCAACUUUGGUCCAAAGAUAUUAAAUGGAAAACUUCAGAAAUAAACAAUUCAUAAGUCCUAAAUUACAC